GCGGGAUUGGCUAUAAAGCCAAAAACAUCAGUCGAGCGCAUUUUGCCAUUCUUAAAUGAUUUAGAUAAUGUAUUGAUAAUGACAGUCGAGCCAGGUUUCGGAGGUCAAAAAUUCAUGGAAGAUAUGCUGAAAAAGGUUGAAAAGAUUCGAUCCUUGGCUCCCAUUUUAAACAUUCAACUUGACGGUGGCGUGAAUUUGGAUAACGUUGAAAUUUGUGCAAAGGCUGGUGCGAAUUUGAUUGUUUCUGGAACUGGGAUUAUUAAAUCGAGUGAUAAAGCGAAAGUCAUAUCGGUUGGUUAA